CAAUCACUGAGGAGACACUCUGUGUUGGCUUAGCUAGAGUUGGUGCUGAAGACCAGAAAAUCGCAGCAGGCACUUUACAGCAGAUGUGUACAGUGGACUUGGGAGAACCAUUGCAUUCUUUGGUCAUCACAGGGAGCACCCUGCACCCACUGGAGAUGGAAAUGCUAAGUCUUUUCUCUAUCCCAGAAUCCCAAAGUAUUAAUGGACUCUGAACAUGGACAGUUUCUGUUGUCUCACAUUGUCUCAGUUAGAUUGGGUGUGUGAUAUUCAUAUGACAGAUGGCCUGGGUCUGUCAUUUAUCUAGAAAGUAUAACAGAAGUGACCAAGAGGAAGCAAGUUGACCCAACAGUUGGUUUCCUGCAGCAGUUUUUCCCCAUUUCAUCAUCAGUUGCUGUUGGAGCAUCAGUUGGCUGCUUGUCAGGGGGUACACACAUGGAGCAGACCAAGCUGGAAAAAUGUGACUGGGCAUCCAAAGACAUCCUCUAAGAAUAACUUUGAGGAAACUGGAAUGUGAAUCCCGAUUUUCAAGGGAUAAAGAAGCACCGAGUAGCAAGUAAAGCAAAUACAAGAUUGCUAACUCUUCAUUCAUUGUUUUAUAGUCUCCUUUCUAAAAAGGUAGCUGUUGUGAAGUGAGAACAUGCCUUGGUAAAGUGCUUCUGUGCAAGCAUUGAGAACCAGAAUCCCCAUCACUCAUGUGAAAAGUCCAGUGUGGCAGCUGGAACCCUAACGCUAGGGGAGGAGCAGAGAGAGGCAGAUCCCAGAGCUUUCUGGCUAAUCUGUGGAUGCCUUACUCAAUGAGAGACACUGUUUCCAAUAGCUUAGUAUGGUAGUGUAGUCUUUAAAUUCCAGCAUUUGGGAGGCAGGCAGAUUUCUGAGUUCAAGGCUAAUCUAAUCUUAUAGCAACAGCUGGCAAGUUCCAGGAAAUCUUGUGCUAUAUAAUAAGAUAUCUCAAAUAAAUAAUAAGUAUUGGAGCAAGAUAGAGGAAGAGGCUACCCAGUGUUGAUGUUAGUCUUCACUUAACAAUUUUAAAAGGCUCAUUUGUUUAGCAACCAUUAAUAACCUUUGUUGGUCUGGAAUAGAAGUAGCUUUGUUAUCAGCUACUGUGUUAGUUCAAGUCAUGAGUAUUUCUAUAGCCUAAUCAACAUGACCUUUUUGCUUAGUAUAGUCAUGAUUAUUGGUUGAAAUUUUUCCUACUUUUCGGUAUUGUGUAUUAGCUAGAAAUUAUUUUGAUGUUUCAUUUGGGAUGAAAUAUUUUAAUUCAUACAAAACAUUCCAUUUUCAGUCUCUUGUGUAUACAAGAGGGAAAUACUGAGUACCUUAAGUAGGUUUUAUAUUCUUUUCUUCAGAGAUGUUAAACUAAACAUUUAAAAAUGAUAAAAAAUAAAGGCCUUCUGGGUUUGGUAGUUGAAUGGCUCACACCCUCCAGUUUUAACUCUGUUACAGUGGAAAGACACUGGGGAGUCAGAGCAAGCUCAGAAUUCUGUCCAUGUGGCUUUUCCUGUCUAUGUAGCAUUCCCUGACUUCAGUUCAGCCUAGGUGGUGUUGUACUGGGGUGAGAUGGUUAGUGGAUUGAACUGUGGGCUCCAAAGGGGGCUAGAAACUGAAGUAGGAGCCCUUAGAAAUUCAGAUGCUCUAAUGAUCUUAUUGGUGUGUCCUAAAUUCUCAGCUCACCCUAAUUGUGUAUAUGUGUAGGAAGAGCCAGGAUCCCCGUGAAAAGUCAGGCCAGGGGCCCAGAGAAAUAGACAUUGUUCUCUAUUGCAGAGAGAAGACAGCUUCAAGUUUGAAUUCUGACAAGUUAGAAGGGGAUGAUAAAUAUGCAUGCUUUCUUAUCAGAAGCCUGGAAUGGCCAUGUACUAAGUAAAGACCAGGCUCAGAACUAAACUAAGGACAGAGCAUUUCAUAUAAUGUGAAAUUAUGCCUACAUAGAAUAAAGGUGACAAACAAGUAGUUUAAUGCCUAUUAGAACAAAGUUUAAGAUGGUUCAGAAUGUGGUGAAAAAUUAAUGUAAUAUCAGCAGUGGCUAUAGGACACAUUAUGAGGCAUGAAUUUAUGAUUAGAAAGGAAGAAUGCUGGGAUAAGAUGUUAGUAUAACCUAGACCUUGGGAUUAGUAGAUAUAAACUUUAGAACUGUGCAUAGAUGAAGAACAAAGGUGCUUGUAAUUUGUGAAUAUAAUGAAUAAUGAAUACUGCCAUCCAAGAGAUGGGAACAACAGAAAGACAGAACAAAUUGGGCAAAGUACAGAGGAAGAGAAAUUGUUCCACCUAAAGAAGAAGACUAAAGGGGGAAAAAUGAUCAGAAUCAUAAUGUCUACACUUUGUGUAAAGAAGACUGUGUGUGUGUGUGUGUGUGUGUGUGUGUGUGUGUCUGUCUGUCUGUCUGUCUGUCUGUCUGUCUGUCUGUCUGUCUGUCUGUGCACUCGUGUGUGUGCACAUGCGUGAGAGGGCUUGUUUGCAGGUAAGAGGACAGUUUGUAGAAGUGGGUUGUAUCGAAUGAACUCAGGUUGUUAGGUUGGCAGUAUGCACUUUUAACUGCUGAGCCAUCUCACCAGCACCAAUAUCAACAGUUUUAAUAAGAAUGUAAGUAGAUUCUCAAAAAUGAAGAGAAAUAGGGCAGUUUUUAAAAAACGGAAAUGACAGUCAAAAUUUCCUCAAAUUUAGUAUAAUAAUCAUUGCAUUGAUCCAAUGUGCUCAAUGAAUUAUAAGCAAAACAAGUAGGAAACCCAUAACUGUCAGGUAAAACUGAUAAAAACCAAAGUUAGUUAGAAAAGCUAACAAGGAGAAUGGGGGGCUCACCAAAUGUAAUUUGAAAUUAAAAUUAGGUUUAUUUAUUUGUUUUUGCUCAACCUGGCAAACCUGUAAUUUAAACUCAAUAAUAAUGAAAUUGUAAAAUGAAAACUUCACCAGCAUGAAGAGAGGAUUAGCGUUGGGGUCUGCUGUACAAAAACCCCAAGGUAAAAAUAGAGAUAAUAGAAAGGUAUAUACAUCUGGUGUUUAGUAGUUUUUAGCUCUUUAACGGGUUUUGAUGCCUUGGCUUUUGGUCUCUUACUAGCUUUUGACUCUGCAGUGAUGGGCCAGAGGAUGCUUAAUUGCAUAGCCUUCUAUAUGCUAGGGAAGUAUUUUACCGUGUUGUUCCAGCCUAGCUGGUUUUAAAUUAAUCAAAAUUAUGAUACAGUGAAAUGUCUUAAAUAUAGUCAUAGUUUUAUCAUCCAGAAGAAUUCCUUUCCUCUGUCCAUUUACCCUUCUAUCUCAUCAGUAAUUCUAUGAAGCCAGUGAUCUGCUCCUUUUCAAUAGUUUGGCCUUUUAAAGAAUGUCAAGAAGAGAGAGGCGGGGGAUUCCAUAAGCAGGGUGUUCUUGAGAUUCAUGCAAACUGUUCCAGGUAUCAAGAGUGUAUUCCUUUUUACUGGUUAGUAGAGUUCGCUUGUUUGGAGAGCCUGCAGUUUGUUUAUCCACUGAUCAUCUAAGAGUUCUACAUUCUAUUCUCUAGCAGUAAUGAGAAUAGUUAAAGUAUUCACAUACAGGCUUCUGUGUUGUUCUAAAUAGACACCCAUGAAUGGGAUUUCUGGUUCAUAUUGUAGGAGUUGAUUUACUUCUAUAAGAAAGUGCCUGUUGACUGGCCUAGUAAAAUGUGUUUCUGGAUACAACAGUGACAUGAAUACAGACAAACAACAACUUUCUGAUUGGAUUUAAGGCCUUCUCCACAGGAAGAAAUUCUUAUCUUGUACUGUAAAUCUGGCUAAGAACACAGGGCUGGGAAGUGCAUACACUCCCUGGGUGAAGCUACUACUAUUAUCUUGCUAAAAGGACACAGUAUCCAAUUGCCAUCUAAAUAGGAAUUUCUACACCCACAGACAGGUGUAACUCUCCAUUCUCAUCCGAGAAAAGUCCUUGUGUAGUGGAUAGUUAAUACACAGGUUCACUAAUGGUCAAAGUGCAAAGACAAAUAUGUGUGGAGCACUCAGCCAUAAAUGGGACAUCCGUAUUAUACCUCCUUCCUGUCAAAGGUCAGGGAACAUAAAGAGGGAACAAAAAUAUUCUAAGAGCCAGAGAUCAGAAAGGAUCAGAGUGAAACUGUCUUUUGGAGAUGACCAUUGCACCCAUGAAUUUGUGGUAGCUGUGGUUGUGUGCACAAUAUCAAGCCAGUCAGCCUUCCAACACGGAUGGGGGAGGGGCACACGAGCGCCAAUUCUUGCCUAAAAGCUAUUGAUAGUUACGGGCUAGUAGGAGUGUAGUUCUUGGCAGGUUGUCCAUACCCAUGUGUAUAUGAGCAGCACAAAUUGAACUCUGUCCGGGUUGUAAAAAAAGAGAGAGACAAGUUGGAAAGGGAUGUGGAGAAUAUCCACAAGGAGUUGAAAGUGGACAGUGGGAGUCAAAUGUGAUCAAAUACGUUGUAUGAAUAUGUGAAAUUCUGAAAAAAAAUACAUUUUUAAUUGCUUGUGCCAGCUGAUUUUGAUUAGCAGCCUGAUUGCAUUAAGAAAUGCCUAGGUUACCAGUGAGGCACACUUUUGGGUGAGGGUAUUUGCAGAAGAUCCGUGAGGAAGCUCUACCCUGAAUAUGGGCAGUACCGUCCCAUAGACUUGAGUUCGGGAUCGAAUAAAAAGGGGAAAAGGAGAAAGAUAGAUACCCAAACACCAGAAUUUUCCUUUUUCCCCAAUCCACCAAGAAGUGAGCGACCAGCCUCAUGCUGCUAUCAAUAGGGUUCUGCCACAGUGCUGUCCACACCAUGAUGGACAGUAUCCCUAAGCCAAAGUAAACCCCCCCCCACAUUGCAUAAGCCAGCGAUGACAAGAGUGACUUAACACUGCUAAAAUGACUUCCAAACUGGCACUUCUGGUUUGCAUUCUUAUAGUACUGCAUGGGAGUACUUGUUGCUUGUCUCUUGCAAGACAACUGUGGAGUUAUUGGUUCUGCCCCCUUCUCCAGACACUGCUAGCUGAAGACAAGAUGUGUUUUAUUUUAUGGUUGUUAAUUUGCCACCUUCUCAGAACAUAGGCUCUUUAGUAAAGUACAACUUAAAUUCAAUUUCUGUCUGCCCACUGGCUGUUGUCGAGACAGGCAGCACAGUGUUACCUCUUGAUUUCUUUAGUUUUUUUUUUAAUCUUAAGAGUGCACUUCCUUUAAGUCUCUUCAAAAUGAUUUGUUUUCUAACUCCUUUUUUUUUUUUACAUAUAUGUAGUAUAACCGUAUCGAUACUUGCAAUGAUGCCUGUGAGAUUCAGCUCCUUGAAUCUAUAGAUUUAUGUCACCAAAUGUGGCAGGCAUGCUUUACCCUCUUAGUAGGCAUGCUAGUAAGAGACCAAAAACCAAGGCAUCAAAACCCACCCGUUAAAGAGCUAAGAACUACUAAACACCAGAUGUAUAUACCUUUCUAUUAUCUCUAUUUUUACCUUGGGGUUUUUGUACAGCAGACCCCAAUGCUGUUUGAUUUCUGAUGAAUCUGGUAACGGGAACAGCGGGCAUUUCUUGUCCCACAAGUCUCUGUGUUCUGUUCUGUUCCUUUUAUUUCAUGUUUUAUGAGUAAGUAAAAUUUCCUGAUGUGUCUUCAA